UUUAAUUUUGGUUUUUCUCUGUGAUCUCAGUGCUGCAAUGAGCUGUGCGAUUGUUGCUUAUCUGGCUCCGAAGUUUUAAUUCAUAAAACAAAUUUAAAUACAUUUGUUUUAUAAAAUAAAUUUGGCACCCAUCGUGGGGAUGAGUAUAUCCAAUGCCCACCUCAGUUUGGAGUGUCCAAUCGCCCAGUUAAUGCUGCAAACCCCACUGCCAAUUCGGGAGACUGUAGACAUUCGCGGUUCUAACGCGGUGUCGCCAGCUGCUGCUUUACACACCGCAGACUGCAGUUAAGCGCUGUGCAGAGUCGAAGGACGACCUUUCAUAUGUGGCUUUGACUGCCAUCUGCAGGCCAUGCACUCGGAACCUUACUGACUCCCAUUCCCUAUGGAGCUACCGGCCACAGCUGGCACUGGUGUGGUCCAGCUCAGGUCCGAGGCCGUGAGGCUCAUCUGUGCACCACAGGGUGGUUCCUUGACCCAGCGUGGUGCCUUAACCAUGCAGUCUUCAUUUUCUAAGCUGCCUGUUCAUUGUGUUUAUGAGGUUUUUUUUAGGUCAUUGAUUUGCAGUAAUUAGCAUUGCACUGAAUGCUGUGGUUUCAAAUCAAUGUGAAAUCAGUGACUUAAAACCACAGCCCUUGCCACCCAUAGCAGUCAUCUGCUUCUACAGAAAAGAAAACUGGAGAUAGAGAGCUGCCAAUGUAGAAUGAUAUAAAUAGUAAUUAAUCUGGAAUUCUAAUUUAGAUUUAACACGUUUUCACAGUUUUUCUUUUACAUGCCGAUGUUACUCAUUGUUGGGCUAAAUGGCAUUCAUAAGACUAAAUCAUAGAUAUGAAUCAGACAUAGCUCCUGUCUUUCUAAUAAAUAUGUUAAAUAUUUUCUGCAUUUUUGUAAGACUAAUUGGAUUUCUCAGAAACUAUAUCCAACCAUCUCUUCCCCGAUUGGUGUGUAUUGCACAAUUUUAUCCCUGGUAUGUCAUAUUCACCAGUGUGUGAAGAGUACGCUGUUUUCCAGGACUGUGCUCGCUACACUUUCCAGUGUCACAUCGGUUCCUCCAAUGCUCGACCCUCUCCUCGCUCGUUCAUUCGGCUUCAAGCGAAUAGAAAAACUAAUCUCGAUAUGACGUCAUUGCGGGUCUCCCUCUAACAAAAUCAGCUGGAAGAGAUAAAGAAGCUGCGCGAGCAUCCCGUUCCCGAUCCGCGCCACCGUCUCCCGGGUUUUGUGCGCGUCUCCGUCUCCUUGCCCUACUCAUUUACCCCCUUACUCAGAAACGUUAGCACACUUUUGAGAUUUCCGUCCUGAGAGCUAGUGUGCAGCAGCAUGGUCCUUCGUUACUUGUGAAACAACAUGAAAGAUUAAAGGCGACUCAGAAUAAAAUAACUGCACGUGUGUUUGGGCAUUUGCCAAUUGGAAAGGUAACAUGAAAGACCGGCGGCUUUGGAGAAUUCUCUGUUUGAUGACAGUCUGUUACCAGCUUGGGAUGUCAAGCCGAUACGGCUGUCUGUUUCAGAAGAAGGUGUGUCGAAAGGAGCAGCUGUGUUUGAAUGAUGGGCUCUUUGGGCAGUGUGGUGGCUCCUCACAGGAGCUGGUUCAGUACCAGAUAUCUGCUCCACUGCUGCAUAGACUGCAGGAGGCGCUUGAACAGCUAAUGAUGCAAGGUCUGUCCUGGCAGGAUGACAUCACGCAGUACAUCAUCGCCAAGGAGCUGAGCCGUGUCCCCCAGGUCGGGGCUCCGGACGCCCCGCUGUCAAAGCCCCCAGUGCAGUCAGACACGCCCCCUCCGAAGCAGAGCUGGCCGAGCCCCAAGUCCCCACCUGGGGUGGGUUCACAGCGUUACCUGGACUACAUGGUCUUGCCAAAUUCACCCCGUGCCUCCCUGCACUUACAGUCCAGUCCAAUGCUGAACCCUUAUACCUUCCACCAGUAUGGGUACGAGGCAGAGCAGGAGCGGUCCCUCAACUCUCUGCAAGCGGCGGGGUACCCGCUCCAUUCCUCUCGAUUCGGGGGAGGUAAGGGACACCUGAGCGACCAAGACCAGCAUCUGCUGCAGGACCUCUCCCCUGCGCCACUGCCCUCCCACCACCGAGAGGCAUCGUCCAUCUCCACCUUCCAUGGGGAGAUGGACUUUCCAUUGGACUUCACAGAGAACUACGUUUCCCAGGAGGCCUCUGUUGUGCAACAACACAAGCAACCCACAGUGAGCCACAAAGCACUUUCUGCACUAGAUGACGCUGCUUGGCGGAGGAUUGCUGCGCAGCUGCAGAAGCAUGGCAUCGAUGUGAAAGAGCUGAGCCCUCAGCAGCUGAAGAAGCUGGUGAAGGUAGAUGCUAUGAAAGCACCAGAUCAGUAUUCCGAGGGUUUGGCCACAGUUAAGAUGGCUGAGCUCAUGGAAGGAGCGAUGAGACACACCGGCGGGACGGUCCCCGGGCCCCCCUCCCCUCCUGCCCCCGGCGGGGCGGCCCCGCCAGCCCCGGAGAGGCCCCGGCCUUCGGGGCCACCUCAGGUCCUAACGGUCACUCUGGAGGCCAGUCUGAAGGAGGAAGGGGUGGAGAUGGACAAGAAGAACAUGGGGCCCACUGCGGGAGGGCGCUCGCAGAGUCCGGAGGGGAACGGCUACGCUGUCACCAACCAGAGUGUGGUGGGUGCCGCCCUGAUGUUAAACAUUCAGCAGAACAGCCAUAACCAGACUGCAGAGCAGGUAGCUGAAGGUGCAGUGGCUGAAAAGGCCUUCCAGCCACCUGAGACCAACCUGAACAUCCUGCAGUCUGAAGUGGGACAGAUGAGCAAUGGGCGAGGGCUGCCCCAGCACACACGAGUUCGCGACAGCUCUCGGCGGGUGUUCCUCACGCUGGUGGGCGUGGCCUGCGUGGGCGGAAUCCUGGUGGCCGCGUUCACCAUCGUCUGCCUGCGGCACCACGCCGUCCUGCUGGCUGCUGGGAAGCUGGGGCUGGGGCCGGAGGGAGGCGUCGACACGCCCUACGAGUACCAGGACCUUUGUCGGCAGCACAUGGCAGCAAAGUCAUCUGGACGUCAGGAGGCGGGAGGUGGGGGCGGGGCCAGGGGCGGGGGAGGUGCAGACACGUCCAGGGUGAGCAGCGUGUCGUCCCAGUUCAGCGACGGCCCCCAGCACAGUCCCAGCUCCCACAGCAGCACCCCCUCCUGGUGUGAGGAGCCGACGCAGGCCAACAUGGACAUCUCCACCGGUCACAUGAUCCUGGCCUACAUGGAGGAUCACCUGCAGAAUAAGGACCGGCUGGCUCAUGAGUGGGAGGCCUUGUGCUCCUACCAGGCCGAGCCCAGCUCCACCACGGCCGCCCAGAGCCAGGGCAACACCAAGAAGAACCGCAACCCUCAGUCUGUACCCUAUGACCACUCUCGGGUGAAACUGAAGCCGGAGAUUAACACUUCCAGGGCCGACUACAUCAAUGCCAGCAUCUUAAUUGAGCACGAUCCUCGAAUGCCAGCUUACAUCGCCACCCAAGGACCCCUGUCCCACACUAUCGCUGACUUCUGGCAAAUGGUGUGGGAGAGUGGCUGCACAGUCAUAGUGAUGAUGACGGCUCUCGUUGAGGACGGACAGAAGCAGUGCGAUCGCUACUGGCCUGAUGAGGGGUCCUCCCUAUACCACGUUUAUGAGGUAAACCUGGUGUCGGAGCACAUCUGGUGCAAUGACUUCCUGGUGCGCAGUUUCUACCUGAAGAACGUGCAGACGCAGGAAACGCGCACGCUGACGCAGUUCCACUUCCUGAGCUGGCCGGCCCAUGGCAUCCCCACCUCCACACGCCCUCUGCUGGACUUCAGGAGGAAGGUAAACAAGUGCUACAGAGGACGGUCCUGCCCUAUCAUUGUUCACUGCAGUGAUGGCACAGGGCGGACUGGGACCUACAUCCUGAUAGACAUGGUUCUCAAUCGCAUGGCCAAAGGGGUAAAGGAGAUCGACAUUGCAGCAACCCUGGAGCACAUUCGUGACCAGAGACCGGGCAUGGUGGGCACCAAGGACCAGUUUGAGUUUGCUCUGACGGCCGUGGCAGAGGAGGUCAACGCCAUCCUGAAAGCCCUGCCCCAGUGAGCUGUGCCUCAUGCCCGGCGUGCAGCCUUCAUCACUGCUUUUUCCUCUUCCUCACAUCCUUCCUCCUCUUCGUCGUGGUCUUCCUCUUCCUCACAGCCCUGUUCUUGUCCCUCCACUUUGAUCCACAAGUGGUCACAAGGGGAAUUAUCUGAACACGAAGCCGCGUGUCCCCACUGUCUCAGCUCUGAGAUAAAUAGCACAGGGCUCCCCGAUGGUGUAGCUGGCUGAGGCUCUUGAUGGUAGUACAGCACUGUGCCCUGUUUCAGGCCGGGCCAGUGGUGACUGACUUGGGAGUCCUGUGCUGCAAUGUGUAAUUCGCUCAGUCCCUUGUUGCAGACUGUAAAGUGAUACGCUAACGUGUGCAGCUAAGACAGCGCUGAAAGGAUGUUCCAGCAAUGGGACGGGCCUACAGGUAUAAAUGGGCAUUCCAACUUGUGAGAAAAGGCAACGGAAAAUUAAAAUAGUCAUUUUUCUUUCUCCAGUGGGUGUCAGGGUAAUUCAUGGACCCUGUUCUCAUGGGUUAACAACUCGGUCAACAUUAAUGAACCCUUCUGUGUAACCUAAUUAAUGACUUAAGUGAUGUAUCUAAUUUUGGCCCAUAGGAAUACUGGUCCCCUAGGACCAGAGUUCAACAGCUGCUUCAGGGACAUCUUCCAGUUGGCAGUGGUGAAAGGUUCCAAAAUAAUUGUUUGACCGUUUACCUCCCUUGAACUCUCUGGUCCACGGAACCUUACGAGAGUCAGCACAGAUCUCACGUUACCUUUGCUUUUAAGUCUGAUAAUUCCUCAUGUGACUGGGAUAAGCUCCUAUCUUGGGGAUGGGGGCAGUCAGUGGCUGGACUGCUUGUCUUUUUUCAUUAUUGGUAUUCUAGCUCACUCCUUCCUUCAGGUAAACAUUCUUGUCAGAGUACCUCUGUUAGUGUCAUGAAAGUGUUAUACAUUCAUAUACACACUCUUUACCUCUAUAUUCUUUUUUAACAAUCAUACUGUUUUAAAAUGUAUUUCGCCCUACUACACAUAUGUAUAUAUACUUUAAAAGUGGGAGUGGUGUCAUCUCAAUCGGAGCCUACUCACACUUAUGAAUGUGUUCAGAGCUGUUGUCUGGGAAGUUUCACAAAUCCCGCCCCCAAGGGUACUGAUGGGGGGUGUGUCUUAUACUGUAGGAAGUUCCUCCUCUCUUUUCCUUAGAUACAGCAACCCUCCCCACUCGUUAUAGUGAGUGAUUACUCUGUAGCAUUCCUUGUAUCUGUCAUAGACAAGUCAAAGAUAAAAUGACAAAAAAAACAGAGAAGUAAUACUAUAUGGAAAAAUAAUAUUAUCUUUUCUAACUUUGUGAUGAAUAAAGUUUGUGAAGUGGUGCAACUGCA